AUGACAAUUUCAAAGCGGUCUCCCUUCACCAACAAAGAAUACACAGUUGGAUGGAUCUGCGCUCUCGCCGUCGAGCUAGCGGCUGCGAAGGGCAUGAUGGAUGAGAUACAUGGCGAACCACAAACUCCACCAGCUGAGGCGGACAACAACGCGUACAUCUUGGGAUCCAUGGGAAGGUUCAAGGUCGUCGCGGCUCGUCUACCUCUACACCAGCUCGGUUCCUCCUCGGCAACAGCAGUUGCCAAAGAUAUGCUCUAUACAUUUCCGAGAAUUCGCGUCGGGCUGCUUGUUGGUAUUGGCGCCGGUAUACCCGACUACGACAAUGAUGUCGAUAUCCGUCUGGGCGACGUCGUCAUAAGCAGCAGCCCCCAAACUGGAGGAGUCGUCGUCUACGACUUUGGAAAAGCACUUGCAGAUGGGUCCUUCGAGAGCCUUUCUGUAUUGAACAGCCCUUCAAGGUCCUUGGGCUCUGCUCUUGGAAAGCUCCAAGCAGAGCACCUGAUGCAAGAGAACAAGAUAGCGUACUAUAUCGAGCAAAUGCUGGAGAGGUUUCCGUUUAUGCGCAGCAAGGGAUACUCUCAUCCUGGCCAUUCGGCUGAUCGCUUGUUUCAGCCCAGCUAUCUCCAUGCUGCUGGCAAAUCCUGUGCCAAAUGUGAUCCGUCAGCGGAGAUUAGCCGCGAGCCACGACUGAACGACAGCCCGGUGAUCCAUUAUGGAACCAUCGCGUCCGGUAAUAUGGUCAUCACAGACGCACUUAAACGAGACUUGAUUCGGGACCGACAUGGUGCGAUAUGCCUAGAGAUGGAGGCGGCAGGUUUGAUGAAUAACUUUGAUUGUAUCGUCAUCCGUGGGAUCUCACAUUAUGCCGAUUCCCAUACGAAUGACCGCUGGCAGCCAUUUGCCGCUGCUGCAGCCGCUGCCUGCGCAAAAGAGUUUCUGGAACAUGUACAGCCCAAGGCUAUCGAGGCCGAACCUGCAGCUAAAGAUAUCCUGUAUCAAGUCCACGACUAUGUCGAGAAAAUCAAAGAAUUUGUCACGACCGAGCAUUCUGGACGUAUUCUCGAUUGGAUCACUGAGUUAGACUUUGGCCGUCAGCACAACUGCAACCUAAAGGGAAGGUUAGAAGGAACAGGUCUCUGGCUGCUGGACUCGGAGGAAUUCAAACAGUGGAUCAGACAACCUCAACAAACAAUGUUCUGCCCCGGAAUCCCAGGAGCUGGAAAGACAAUCCUGUCCUCAAUUGUAGUAGAACACCUAAGAACAAAGUUCCAGGGUGAUCCAGAGGUGCAGGUUGCGUGCAUGUUUUGCAGUUAUCAACCAAGCUUCCAACAAACUACACUCGAAUUCUUACUAAGUCUUCUCAGACAACUUGCAACCAAAGGCUCAACCGUCCUCCCGAACAUUGAACAGAUGUACAGAAGCCACACCGGCAAUAAAACACGCCCGAGUGUGAAGCAGAUUCUCCCCGAACUAUCACGAGCCGCACAGUCGUUCCGGAGGAUCUUCGUUGUGAUUGAUGCCUUGGAUGAGUUCUGUUAUUCAAACCCAGAAGAGCUGCAGCACUUACUCUCCGCCUUAUUUACCUUUCAGAAAGAUGGACCGGUGAAUAUCCUCGCAACCUCUCGUCCUAACUCAGUGAUUAUGUCCCAGUUUAAGGGAUGCAUCCAAAGGGAAAUCCGGGCGCAAGACGACGAUAUCUUAAGAUAUGUAAACACAACGCUACCUACCUUGCUUCGAUCAAAGAUCUCGCGGUAUCCCAAUAUUCAAGUCGACGUUCGUCGUGGGGUUGUGAAGAGCGCAGAUGGGAUGUAA